AUGGCGCGCGUUUACGCCGAUGUCAAUGCGAACAUGCCGCGGUCCUACUGGGAUUACGACUCCGUGUCCAUCUCUUGGGGUAUUCUGGAAAACUACGAGAUCGUGAGAAAGAUCGGACGAGGAAAGUACUCUGAAGUUUUCGAGGGCAUUAAUGUUGCCAACUACCAGAAAUGCGUCAUCAAAGUGCUCAAGCCUGUGAAGAAGAAGAAGAUAAAGCGUGAAAUCAAGAUCCUACAGAACCUGUCCGGCGGGCCAAACAUCGUAGCCCUCCUAGACGUAGUACGCGACAGUCAGAGCAAGACACCGAGCUUAAUAUUCGAAAAUGUGGACAACACCGACUUCAGGACGCUGUAUCCGCGCUUUGUUGACUACGAUGUGCGAUACUACAUCUUCGAACUGCUCAAGGCAUUGGACUUCUGUCACAGUAAAGGCAUCAUGCACCGAGACGUCAAGCCGCACAACGUUAUGAUCGACCAUGCGAAACGAAAGCUGAGACUGAUUGAUUGGGGCCUGGCUGAAUUCUACCACCAGGGAACAGAGUAUAAUGUCAGGGUGGCAUCGCGAUACUUCAAGGGUCCUGAGUUGCUGGUUGACUUCCAGGAAUACGAUUACUCCCUCGACAUGUGGUCUCUGGGUGCCAUGUUUGCCUCGAUGAUCUUCCGCAAAGAACCCUUCUUCCAUGGCAACAGCAAUUCAGAUCAACUCGUAAAGAUUGCAAAGGUUCUCGGCACUGACGAGCUCUUCGAAUACCUCGACAAGUAUGACAUCGAACUCGACGCGCAGUACGACGACAUUCUCGGCAGAUUCCCCAAGAAACCGUGGCAGAGCUUUGUAAACGCCGAGAACCAGCGGUUCGUCAGUCCAGAAGCCAUCGACUUCCUCGAUAAGUUGUUGAGAUAUGAUCAUCAGGAACGACUAACCGCCCAAGAAGCCAUGGCACAUCCCUAUUUCGCACCAGUAAGGAAUGCAGCAUCACAACAGAAUUCUCAAAACCACGUUUCUUGA